GCAAGACGACAAUGUACCAGUACCUGAGUCAACAAUCCGUUCCCGUAUACAACGAGAACAAAUGCCAUUACAACAGGAGCAAGAAACGGAUAUCAACGAUAUUUCUGUGAUAUCGGAACAAUUAUCUGUGAAUUCCAAUGAGAACGAACAUGUCACUGAUGCUGAAAAUAGUUCGGAUAACAGUGACCAGAGUAUUAACGGUCCAACAGCAUCUGGCAGUCCAAAACAUAAUGAUGAUGCAGUCAGUGUAAUCAUUGAAUCAAAUUUCGACCUUUUGGAUAAGGCCUCCGAUACAAUUAUGGAUGACAUCUCUGUAGUUAAUAAAGCUGACUCUGAUACUGCAUCAAUAUCAGAUAGUUCAAAUAGUUCAGUUGGAAGCAAAAGACAAAACUCGUUUGAUGUUACAUCUAAUAAUGACACAUCAGAUUUAGAAGAUGUAUUUCAAGACAAUGAAGAAUUCUUGGAACCUGCAGGGAAUGCAAAUUUUAUUCCACCAGAGGGCAAUGAUAAGGAACGCGUUCCAUUAUAUGAACAAUCGAAUAUAUCCAAGAUGGAAAGCGAACUUCUCAUAUUAAAUUUUGCGAUACGGCACAGUUUGACCGAUGUUGCUCUUGAAGAUCUCAUUACUUUGAUAAAUUGUCAUCUACCAUACUCAGUAUAUCACACUAAGUACAUAUUUAUGAAGAAGUAUGAUACUCCAGCAUCAAUUCGAAAAUGCUACUAUUGUCCAGAGUGUUAUAUAAUAUUAAAAAUCUUUGCUGCAGAUGAUAGAACAAAAGAAAAUCUUUUUUGUCCAGAGUGCGAAUGUAGAUACAACAAAUUUACAUUGAAAAAAAGCGCAAAUUAUUUUUUAUAUUUGUCUUUAGAACAGCAGUUGCGUGAUUUUGUGAAUAGCAAUAAAUAUGCUAUGCUUCAAAGAGAAAACGAUAAUUAUUCUGAUAUAAUUUGUGGAAAGUUUUAUAGAUCUCUGAAAGAUGCUGGAGUAAUUCAAUUACAUGAUAUUACGCUACAGAUCAGUACUGACGGUGUUCAAGUGUUUAAUUCAUCAUCUGUAACUAUGUGGCCUAUACAGGUAAUGGCGAAUGAAUUGCCGUAUAGAGAAAGGAGAAAAAAUAUGAUGUUAUGCGGUUUAUGGUAUAACAAAGAAAAACCUGAUAUGAAUUUGUUUUUAUCUUUAAUUGUUGAGGAAUUGACUUACAUGCAUGAAGUAGGUAUUACACGUAACGUGGAAGGAGAAGAAGAAAUUCGUAUCAGAGUACAUACAAUCGCGUCUCCUGUAGAUUCUGUCGCGCGACCUUUGUUACAAAACAUAAAACAAUAUAACGGAAGCUUUGGCUGCAGUUUUUGCUUGCAUAAAGGUAUACACGUUGAAGUCGGUAGAGGAAUGACAAGAAUAUAUCCCGGUUGCGUAAAGGAACCGCGCACAUUGCGCCAACAUGAAGUAGAUUGUGAAACUGCUGUACAAACUGGAACUAUACCUCACGGUGUGAAAGGGCCAUCAGUUCUAAUGCUGUUACCGAUCUUUGACAUAACAUUUUCGUUUACACCUGAUUAUCUGCAUACUGUUCUAUUGGGAGUGUGUAAAACUUUUACGGAUGCUUGGUUUAAUUCGUCAAAUCACUUAAAAGACUGGUAUAUUGGAAACAAAGCAAAUCUUAUUCACGAAAAACUCCUGCAAAUAAAACCACCCUGUGAGAUUACUCGUACACCUAGAUCUAUCAGUGAAAGAAAUCUAUGGAAGGCAUCAGAAUGGAAGCACUUCUUGCUCUACUAUUCCCUUACUUGUUUACAAAAUGUAUUGCCCUUACAAUAUGUGAAACACUGGUUUCUUUUUAUUUUUAGUAUGCAUAUAUUUCUACAAGAAAAAAUCAGUGACGUAGAUUUUCCAACGGCUGAAAGUGCAUUGAAAAUGUUUGUUCUUAAAAUAGAAGACUUAUAUGGUUUAGAAUAUUAUAAGUAUAAUGUACAUUUAUUGUUACAUAUCCCAGAAUUUGUUAAACAAUCGGGGCUUUGUGGGCUGUAUCUACUUUUCCUUAUGAACACUAUAAUGGAGUAUUAA